UGCUGAUUCGCAAUGAACAGAGCCCCUUGAGAUUAACUAGCAGUAUCUUGAUAGAGUGCGGGUCUAAUCGGAUUAGCUCUCGCUCAGUAUCAUGGAAUAGCAGCGGGUCCUACCUGGCGAUGGCUUCAUCUGAUCGCAUGGCAAGGCUUUGGACAAUUGAAGCCUCCGGCUCUGCUCGUGAAGUUUUAGUCGUUUCCGGUCAUGCGGGUCCUGUGACAAAAGUUCGUUUUCACCCAUCUGAGCCUAAUCAUCUUUGCACUGCUGCGGCCGACCAAACGGUGCGACUUUGGGACGUUCGACAAGCUACUCAACGACCAACUGGACGAAUAGACCUUCAGAAAGGAAGUGGUCCUGUAGCUGUGGAAUGGAACAGAACUUCGUCGCUACUUGCUGUUGCUGAACGAGAGGGAUCAAUUCUUAUUUAUGAUACCCGCAAACUCGGCGGAGCUUUCUCCCAUGCGUCAGGCUCGGCUGCUGGAAGCUCUGCAUCACCAUUACUUUCCAUUGAAGUCGCCCCCAAUACAACCGAAUCUUAUCACUUCUCCCCGUGCGGGAACUUUUUGAUUGCUGGCUGGACUCGAGAGGGCGAAGGUAUAGGGGAGCUUCGAAUUUUGUCGCUGAAGACUGCAAACAACCACACUUUGUUUUCCUCUUCCUAUCCGGCCCACUCGGGACCAAUUUAUGCAAUGCACGUGUCAUUAGACAGCCUACGCUUAGCAACAGGAGGGGCAGAUGCGAUGGUUGGGAUCUGGAAUUUGGACACAAUGUGCUGCACUCAUUCCAUUACUCGUAGAGUCAAAUUUAUUCGAAGUGUAGGAUUCUCUCAUGACAGCAGGAUCCUAGCAACAAGCAGUGAGGAAGAUGGGAUUGAUCUAGCAGAUGCCAGGGACGGAAGUGAAGUAGGAAGUGUCAAUCUAGGUACUCGCCCGAGGGCGGGAGGUGCAGAAGAGAUUGCAUGGCAUCCCAAGAGCCACAUUUUGGCAUGCGCACGAACGGAUGCUGGUCCUAUUGGUCCGCCACUCUCCCCAAUUAUUGUUGUCAAAAUAUCCGUAAACGUCUAG